UUAGUUUCAUAUAAAAUGUUGCUGGGACAAGUACGACUGGAUACUAUGGGGCUUAUCUUAUUCUUUAUUUUUCAGACGGCCCAUGCCAACAACCUGGAUGGUGAGGAGGAGAACUUCCAGCUGCAGUUGAACCGGGCAAUCAUCUCUCGCGAUGAAUCAACGCUGUCAUUAAACAAAAUGGCGGAAGAGAAGGAUAGAAACCUGAUUGACCAGCUGGAGACUGUUACCCGGUUAGAUGCUGUAGAGAUGGAGUUCCUGGCGGAGAUAUCACAGUCACAAAACAAAAUGGCGCUGGCCCUAAACAAAAUGGCGGAAGAGAAGGAUAGAAACCCGAUUGACCAGCUGGAGACUGUUACAAGGCUAGCUGCUGUAGAGAUGGAGUUCAUAGCGAAGAUAUCACCGUCACAAAACAAAAUGGCGCUGACCCUAAACAAAAUGGCGGAAGAGAAGGAUAGAAACCUGAUUGACCAGCUGGAGAUGGUUACAAGGCUAGCUGCUGUAGAGAUGGAGUUCCUGGCGGAGAUUGAGAAAAUAUCACGGGAGAAGGUUUUACAGAUUCAGUGGGACAAAGAGAAGGAUUAUUUAGAAAAACGAGUACAUGAGUUGUACGACUCUGUUGUACCAGGCUGGAAUCUAUUGUACAAUAAACAUGCUAUAGAGGACAGGCUAGACAACCUGUACAACACAGACCCACCGGUACAACAGUACAACACAGACCUACCGACACAUCAGUACAACAACGACCCACCGGUAGAACAAGAAAUAGCGCCAGAAGAUCAAGUUCGGUAUUUGUACAACUCAAUUGAGGAUUUAGAGAACAAACUAAAAGUACUGUACAACACGGAGACAAUAAGUAAAGAUCUAGAUUAUCAACAAGAUUUAGAAGAUAUCCUUAGUAACCUAUACAACAACGACAAUAGCAACAGUAGAAACUUAGAUCUUCUGGAGACGUUUAAAGAAUCGGAUGAAUUAAAUCAUCUUUCUUUCCAUGAUUCUGCGGAAAGGUUGAACCUGAAUACGAUAGAGGAACUUGAAGCAAGGCUGGAAGAGCUGUAUAACUCUCCUGUAAUGGAUAGAAGCUUUGAUUAUACACAAGAUCUGGAGGAGAAACUGAGUAAACUGUACAAUUCUAGAAGCAAUCAGUAUGUACAAGAUGUUGAAGCCGGGCUGUACAACAAUCAAGAUGCUGAUAGAGGUUUAUAUUAUGUAGAAGAACUAGAUAACGGAUUAUUCAACAAAGAAAAUGCCGGACGAAGUUUAGAUUAUGUACAAGCAAUAAAUGGUGGGCUGUACAGUUCAGAUUAUGAACAGGAAGUAGAGGAAAGAUUAAGUUUACUGUACAACAACCCCGUUUUUGCAGUACAUAACCCUGUAAACAACGAAGAAACUGAUUCAGGAAGGAAAGAGGUUCAGGAAGAUUAUGAGAAAGACGCUAAAAAAGUGCCCGAAGUGAUUAUAUUAGUAAGAGAGAUCCAAGGAAAUGAAAAUGAUGUAAAAGGGACCGAAAAGCCCCUGACCCACGUGGAAGGGGUCGAAGAAGAGAUCCAAGGGGAUGAAAAUGAUGUGAAAGGGACCGAAAAGCCCCUGACCCAAGUGGAAGGGGUCGAUGAAGUGAUCCAAGGGAAUGAAAAUGAUGUGAAAGGGACCGAAAAGCCCCUGACCCAAGUGGAAGGGGUCGAAGAAGAGAUCCAAGGGGAUGGAAAUGAUGUAAAAGGGACCGAAAAGCCCUUGCCCCAAGUGGAAGGGGUCGAUGAAGUGAUCCAAGGGGAUGGAAAUGAUGUGAAAGGGACCGAAAACCCCCAGUUAGGAGCUGAAGGGGUUAGGAAGGUGGUAAAAGGACUUCAUGACGCUAUGCACUAUAAAAGACGACCUUACAAUGUAAACAGGAUAAAGUGGGGGUAUGGACCAAGGGAUGUAAACAAAUCAAAGAGUCCAACACCCAACAUUGAUUGAUAGACUGUGUGAAGAAAAAAAUUUCAAUUAAAAAAAGUAUAAUUUGUUAAAAUUUUUGUUUCGUGUUUUUAUAUUAAUUAGUCAAGGCUUCUAAAUUGGUGGCCAUUCGGGCCUGACCACUUUAUUGUUCAUAAAAUCAGUAAAAUCAUUCCAAAUCAAAGUAUUUCUUGUAAUUACAUUUUUCCCAGAAAAUUGUUGAUUGUAGAGAUGGAAUAAAAUAAAAAUAUUUAUCUUAAA